GCACACUGGCGUCAUCAGAUCAGCGUGUGGCCGACGCAGACUAUUCUUCUUCUUCACCCAGCCCACCCGGAUCCUCAGUUGUACGCGCACCUACCACUCUCACACACUCUCACACACACAAAGCGUGAGAUCCGAGCGAGAGAGGAAGAGAGGCGAUGGCGACAGAGCUGACGGCGGCGCAGCUGCGGGCGUACGACGGGAGCGACGCCUCCAAGCCGAUCUACGUCUCCAUCCGCGGCAAGGUCUACGACGUCACCACGGGCCGCGGCUUCUACGGCCCCGGGGGCGACUACGCGCUCUUCGCCGGCCGCGAGGCCAGCCGCGCGCUCGCCAAGAUGUCCAAGGACAGCGCCGACGUCUCCGGCGACCUCUCGGGCCUCUCCGACAAAGAGCUCGGCGUCCUCGCCGACUGGGAGACCAAGUUCCAGGCCAAGUACCCCGUCGUUGCCAGCCUCAAGUGAAAAUCGAGAUCGGCCACCAAAUGCCUCCACCACACCCUCUCUCCCGCCCGUCAAUUAGUACUGUAUGGUGUCCUCUGCGGUCAACUCUAUCAUGCCAUGUGUAUCUUACUGCUACUCCCUGCCCCUGCGUAUGCCGGUGUCGGGGAUUCAUGUGUGUGCUUGCUUACUGUCUGCCUAAUUAGUUAUCCGAUCAUAAUAAUAAUUGAGGGUGUGUUUGGCAACAACUGGUGAAUGGAAAUACUGGGAUCAGUUAUAGAGUACUGAAGUUAGUGGUAUUGAUAAUCUCCGAUUGGUUCCAACUUUGAUUGGUUGUUCUAAGGCUUGACUGAAGUAGUAGCAUCCCUGUAUGCAAGCAGUCUGCUGAAUGUGCCCAGCCUCCCGUGUAUAAAUCCAAUGGUGCUUGUUAUAAACAGACUCGUUUUAGUAUUA